AUGUUCAAGGAGUGGAUCUGUUUUCGAACUCUAGUCUACCACGUCAAGCCUCUCGAUGGCUCUGAAAACCCGGUGGGGUGUAUUAAUGGGAAUGCUCCUAGCAUCGCACAGGAUUUGAUUAACGCAGCAUAUAAUUAUAGGUUCACUCAAGCAGUGGUCUCACCCACCCAACCAGAUUGUGUAAAUUACGUGCUCCCCGCUGGUACUAGCUUGGGCCCACUCCCGCCUGCCGGCACUUUCUGGGCACCUUUUCUUCUUGGAUAUCUGGACAGUCAAGGUGAUUCUUCUCAGGCUUGUAGCACAAAAUUGGACAAGGAGAUUCAAGCACAUGGGGGUUGA